CAACUCGUACCGUUCACUAGGUUUUGCCGUCGCCGCCCUCCUGCCCCAGCGUCGCCGCCGCCCCCGAGCGCCUCCUCCCCCCCUCCAUCCCCAGCGUCGUCGCCGACGCUCCCGAGCUCCUCCUCUGCCCCCCCCAGCGUCUCCGCCGGCGGCCGAGCGUCGCCGCCGCCGCCGCCGCCGCCCCCGCGUCUCCGGCCAAUCUGCGGAGAGUGCGGAAGAGGCUUUUUCAACAUGUCCUGGGCCACAAUCGAGAAUGAUCCUGGCAUUUUUACUGAACUGUUGCAGCAGAUGCAACUGAAGGGUCUUCAGGUUGAUGAACUCUACUCACUUGAUCUGGACGCCCUCAGCGAUCUUCAGCCAGUUUAUGGGCUUAUAGUGCUGUACAAAUGGCGACCCCCAGAAGAAGAUGAGCGUCCUAUCAAGGAUCCAGUCCCAAACCUUUUCUUCGCCAAUCAGAUAAUUAAUAAUGCUUGUGCCACCCAAGCAAUCCUUUCUGUUCUAUUGAACUCUCCUGGUAUCACCCUUAGUGAGGAGCUGAAAAAGUUAAAGGAGUUUGCAAAGGACUUGCCACCAGAGCUCAAAGGAUUGGCUAUAGUCAACUGUGAGAGCAUCCGUUUGGCAAGUAAUUCAUUUUCAAGGCCAGAAGUCCCUGAGGAGCAGAAAUCAUCUACCAAGGAUGAUGAUGUCUACCAUUUCAUUAGCUAUGUUCCGGUGGAUGGCGUCCUGUAUGAGCUUGAUGGCCUAAAGGAAGGACCAAUAAGCCUGGGCAAAUGCCCAGGUAGCGGCGUUGGUGACAUUGGUUGGCUAAAGAUGGUGCGGCCUGUCAUUCAGGAACACAUCGACCGGUUCUCGCAGAAUGAGAUAAGGUUCAGUGUCAUGGCCAUCCUAAAGAACCGGAGGGAGAUGUACACUUUAGAGCUAAAGGAGCUUCAGAGGAAGAGGGAGAAUCUCUUGGCACAGAUGGGUGAUCCUUCUGCAAAUAGGCAUGGGCCAUCCGUUGAGCAAUCGCUCGCAGAGGUUGCUGCUCAAAUUGAGGCUGUAACCGAGAAGAUCAUAAUGGAGGAAGAGAAGUGGAAGAAGUGGAAGACAGAGAACAUCAGGAGGAAGCACAACUAUGUUCCCUUCUUGUUUAAUUUCCUCAAGAUGCUUGAGGAGAAGCAGCAGCUGAAGCCCCUGAUAGAGAAGGCGAAGCAGAAGUCUCACAGCUCUACUAAUCUUAGGUGAAAUCUACGAUUUAUUUUGUCGUCUCGGUUGCUGUGGCAUUUGUCCAUGUAGAGAUGACUAAGGCUGACUAGCCUUUGUUUCCAUGGGUAGUGUUUGAACCAUGUGAUGAUCAUUACUUUAGUUAUAGAUGUUCGGGCCAAUUUAGA